GUAAAUAUUCUAAGAAUGACGUGGUUACGCGGUGUUCAAUUUUUAUUUUAAAUAAAUUUUCCUGUACCUACGUUCUGUGCGUUUCUGUACAGAAUUAUUUUUCAAAUUUGAAAUUAUAUUAUCUUAUAUUUUAAGUUACCUUACUUACAGCCACGAUGUUUGACGGAUUCCUAGAUGAUUUGAAACGCAUGAAUAAACGACAAUUUCUCUAUCAAGUAUUAAGUUUUGGAAUGAUCGUUUCAUCAGCAUUAAUGAUAUGGAAAGGUUUAAUGGUUUUUACUGGUAGUGAGAGUCCGAUUGUUGUUGUUUUAAGUGGUAGUAUGGAACCAGCUUUUCAUCGAGGUGAUCUAUUAUUCUUAACAAACUAUGAAGAAGAACCAGUUAGAGUUGGUGAAAUAGUCGUUUUUAAAAUUGAAGGACGUGAUAUUCCUAUUGUGCAUAGAGUUUUAAAACUACACGAGAAAAAUAAUGGAACAAUUAAAUUUUUAACCAAAGGUGACAAUAAUAGUGUGGAUGAUAGAGGAUUGUAUGCACCUGGUCAACAGUGGCUAGAAAAAUCAGAUAUGGUAGGCAGAGCCAGAGGAUUUUUACCAUAUGUUGGAAUGGUUACAAUUUUAAUGAAUGAAUAUCCUAAAGUCAAAUUUGCUGUUCUAGCAUGUCUUGGGCUAUAUGUACUUGUUCAUCGUGAAUAAAUCCUCUAUCAAUUUAAGCUGAACCAAAGACAAUUUGGAAUUCUUUUACUUGUUAAUUUAAAGUUCAUGUGAUGUGUGUUGAUUGUUUGGCUGCUGAGUAUUUAUUAUUUUUAAAUACUUUUUGUUAUUCAAUUAUUAAAAGCAGAUUAUGACAUUUUUUCGAUUUAGGCAAAUUUAAAAACAAUUUCUUAACAUAUAAGUUUCAAAUAUUGUAUUAUUUAAAUUACAUAUAAUUCUCAAAAAAUAAGAUUAAAACGAUUUAUUGUUGUAUAUAAUUAUUAUAAAUUACAAUUAUUAAGAAACAUAUAUAAUUAUUUUCAAUUAUAAACUACUAUGUUAAUUUGUAUAAUUUUACUAUAUAGUUAAUUAUUAUUAUUAAAAUUAAUAAAUUAUAAUUAUCAUAAACAUUUAAAAAAAGUUUUCUAGUCGUUCAAAAUAGGUAAGAGAAAACUCAUAAAAAAAAAAAAAUAUGUAUAUAAUAAUAAGUACUAUAAAUAUUUUUAUUUAUUUAACUUUUGAUUUUCUUUUUCUGUACAUUAUUUUUUUCAAAAAAAUUAUAGUCAUUUAGUCAUGUUUUAAAAUCAUAAUAGUUCAAAUCUAAAAAAUCAAUUUUAUCAGUAACAAGGUUGUAUACUUUCAUCUAAAUAUUUUUUCUCUCUCAUACUUUAUAUUUUCAUUAAUAAAUCAUAAUUUUAUUAUUUUAUAAUUUA